AUGCCAUCUUCUCAAAAGACCAAGUUUGCUCCAUGUGUUCUAUUGGCAAAUGUCAUAUCUUUGGUCCCAAAGGUCAACAAAAUUAGCAUCCUAACAACCCAAAAGAACUUUGAUUUGAUCUUCUUUAUGGAGACCUGGUUACAAUAAUCCAUUGGAGACAAUCACUUGACACUAAACAACAAGCUUCUUCAGCGUGAUUGCUCCCCAGGUACACAUGGAGGAGUUUGCAUGUAUAUAAAAGAAUCUAUCUAGACCAAGAGACUACAAGAGCUUGAAGAUCCUGCCUUCGAAGUCCCAUGGUCCUACAUUAAACUCCCAAGAUUACCAAGAGGGAUUAACUGCAUCAUCACUGCAUGUUUUUACCACCCACCUAGUUGUAAUGACACUGAAAUCUUAGAGUACUUGUCUGAUGCUAUCACACGUGCUGAAGGUCUACUUCCUGGUUGCAGUAUUAUUAUCCCUGGCAACCUAAAUCAAUUGGACACAAAACAUCUUUGUCGAGAUUUCCACCUAAAACAACAUGUCCACCAAUCUAUACGCAGUGCUUACAUUCUGGAUCUAGUGCUCACCAACAUGCAUAAUUUCUAUGAUUCAAAACCAGCCAUACUUUCACCACCCUUUGGCCUAUCUGACCAUAAUGCUGUUGCAGUUUGGUCUAGACAUUACACAGAACAUUCUGUCAACCCCAAGUCCAUCAGAUAGAAAUAAAUGUAACUGUUUACAUCAUGAAAAAGAAUGUUAUCACCAUCUUACUCCACUCCAUCCAAGCUGAAGAUUCAGCAAAGCAACUCACUUUUUGUUUUCCUAACAAGAACUCCUGGUGUAGGAUGGCAACAAGAUCUUGUUACAGGAAUGUUGACCUAG